CCCCUCCCGAUCGCGCCAAUCAAUCCGGCGAUAUUUUACCCCGAAGAUCAUCGUUGUAUUUAUUUAUUUAAUUUCGCUUUUAUUUCCUCUGCUUUACGUACCACUACUAUCUUUUGGUUCCGUUACAAUCUGAUGCAUUCAUUACCCUCGGAUUGAUCUCGUGAUCAGCGCCGACAAUUUCAAGCCGACGCAGGUUGAUGUUAUUGACCAAUUGAUUACCUACAGAAAUUGAUAGGCUCGGCUCGGCUUGGCUUAGCUGAGGUCGUCUUCAUUCUCCCGAUUUCCGUCACCGAUGUCGGGACCACUGGAUAGAUUUGCUAGACCUUGCUUUGAGGGUUCCUCUGGAAAUGAUGAGAGAAGAGAGAGAAAAUCUGACUUUGAGAAUUCUGAGGAUGAGAGGAGGACAAGAAUUGGUUCUUUGAAAAAGAAAGCUCUGAAUGCAUCGUCAAAGUUCAAGCAUUCCUUGAAGAAGAAGAGCAGUAGGAGAAAGAGUGAUGGUAGAGUCAGCUCUGUCUCAAUUGAGGAUAUUCGAGAUGCGGCAGAGCUACAAGCUGUUGAUGCAUUCCGGCAGGCACUGCUUUUGGAUGAAUUAUUACCAGAAAAAUUUGACGAUUAUCAUAUGAUGUUGAGAUUCUUGAAAGCGAGGAAUUUUGAUAUCAAGAAAGCAAAGCAAAUGUGGGCUGAUAUGAUUCAAUGGAGGAAGGAUUUUGGUACUGACGCAAUUAUGGAGGAUUUUGAAUUUGAAGAGCUGAAUGAAGUUUUGAACUAUUACCCUCAUGGUUAUCAUGGUGUGGAUAAGGAGGGAAGACCUGUAUACAUUGAAAGGUUAGGGAAAGUGGAACCUAACAAAGUUAUGCAGGUUACAACAAUGGAUCGUUACAUAAAAUACCAUGUCCGGGAAUUUGAGAAAUGCUUUGCUAUUAAGUUUGCAGCUUGCACAAUUGCUGCAAAGAGGCACAUUGAUUCAAGCACAACAAUCUUGGAUGUUCAGGGCAUUGGUUUAAAGAAUUUUACAAAGGCUGCAAGGGAUCUCGUCUUACGGUUGCAGAAGAUUGAUGGUGACAAUUAUCCUGAAACUCUCCAUCAAAUGUUCAUCAUCAACGCGGGUGGUGGAUUCAGGUUGCUCUGGAAUACGGUUAAAUCCUUUCUAGAUCCCAAGACAACUUCGAAGAUACAUGUUCUUGGAACCAAGUAUCAGAACAAGUUACUUGAAGUAAUAGAUGCCAGCGAAUUACCAGAAUUCUUGGGUGGCAGCUGCACUUGUGCUGACGCUGGAGGCUGCAUGCGCUCUGAUAAAGGGCCAUGGAAGAAUCCGGAAAUUCUUAAGAUGGUUCUUAGUGGCGAAACACGGCGUGCGAGGCAGGUUGUCAAAGUUCUGAAUAGUGAGGGCAAGGUGGUUUAUGCCAAGCCUCGCUACUCAAUGCUUAGAGGCAGUGACACAUCUACUGCAGAGUCAGGAUCUGAAGCUGAAGAUAUUGCUUCACCCAAAGCUACGAGGAGUUAUUCUCAUCUGCGCCUGACUCCUGUUCGGGAAGAGGCCAAGUGUAUUGGAACAUCAAGCUAUGUCCAUAAUCUCUCAGGAUAUGAUGAAUAUGUUCCCAUGGUAGAUAAGGCUGUUGACUCUGGAUGGAAGAAGCAAGCACCUGUUCAGAAGCCAUAUGCUUCCCAAGGGCUGCUCCCACCUCCUGAAACUCCAAAGAUGCCAGAAGGACUCCGUGCCCGCAUUAUAGCGGCUCUUAUGGCUUUCUUUAUGACCCUCUUCAUGCUUUUGCGUUCAGUAACAGCCCGUGCAACUAAGAAACUUCCUGAUUCUACAUUUAAACAAACUCAAACUUUUCAAGAAUUUUCCCCGGGUGACAUUUCCAAGGAGGAUUUUAGACCCCCUUCGCCAACUCCUGCAUUCACAGAGGCCGAGCUCCUAUCUUCUGUUGUUAAAAGAUUGGGUGAGCUGGAGGAAAAAGUCAGCACACUUCAAGCAAAGCCAACUGAGAUGCCUUAUGAAAAAGAAGAAUUGCUUAAUGCUGCUGUUUGUCGAGUAGAUGCCCUAGAGGCAGAGUUAAUUGCAACUAAAAAGGCUCUGCAUGAAGCUUUGAUGAGGCAAGAAGAGCUGCUUGCAUACAUUGACAGUCAAGCGGAGGCCAAGUUUCAGAAAAAGAAGUCUUGCUGGUGAGCUAUGGUGAACCAUGAUUAUGGGCUUCAGGUUGCAGGGCUGGUACCUGUUUGUUUUUCUGUGUGUGUGUUUUCAUACGAGCACCUUCAUUGUGAGGCUGUGUUUUCAUAUGAGCACCUUCAUUGUGAGGCUGUGUUUUCAUAUGAGCACCUUCAUUGUGAGGCGGUGAUUUCAUAUGAAAUGGUGUUUCAAUUGAGAAAAUGUACACUUUUUGAUGAGAGAUCCUAUUUAAUGUUUUAUACAUGUUCAGAUGUUCUCUUA